AUGUUGGGAGCAGGAUUCCCUAGUUCUGGAGCAGUACAUGGUAGUGCAAUCAAAGAACUGCCUUCUUCUAUUGGUUCCUUACCAUUUUUGAAGGACUUGUUAGCUGGGAAUUGUCGAUCCUUGGGCAAGUUGCCUGAUUCAAUUGAAGGAUUAGCUUCUGUUGUGGAGCUUCAGUUAGACCAGACACCAAUUACAAAUCUGCCGAAUCAGGUAGCUGCCCUGAAAAUGCUGAGGAAGCUUGAAAUGAGAAAUUGUAAAGAUCUCAGAUCUUUACUAGAAUCAAUUGGAAGCAUGUUCUCUCUUACUUCUCUGAACAUAUCUAAUUCCAAUAUUUCUAAAUUGCCGGAAUCAAUUGGGAUGCUGGAAAAUCUUGUAAUAUUCAGGUUGAAUAAAUGUACACAGCUCCGUAAACUUCCUGAUUCAAUAGGAAAUUUGAAGUCUUUGCACCACUUGCUGAUGGAAGAAACUGCAGUCACGGAGUUGCCUGAAAGGUUUGGGAUGCUUUCAAGCUUAAUGAUAUUAAAAAUGGCUAAGAAGCCUCAUUUCUUGUCAGCUGGAAACAGGAUACCUGAAGAGGAUUUGGUUGCAGAGAACAAGAGAAACAUAAUCCUUUCAGAGUUCCAUCUUCAUUCUCAAAUUUAUGCAACCUUGAAGAACUGGAUGCUCGUGCUUGGAAUCUAUGUGCUGAAAUCUCUUCCUCCACUUCCCUCAAGUUUGGUGGAAGUGAAUGUUGCAAACUGUACUGCAUUGGAAAGGGUGUCUAAUAUCUCAAAGUUGGAAAGCUUGCGCGAGCUGAACCUCACAAACUGUGAGAAGGUGGAGGAUAUUCCGGGCCUCGAAUGCUUGAAGUCGUUGACAAGGUUGUUUAUGAGUGGUUGCAAAGCAUGCUCAUCUGUGGUAAAAAGAAGGUUUUCUAAGGUUUCUUUGAGGAAUUUAAGGUCUCUUAGUAUGCCUGGAAACGAGAUUCCAGCUUGGUUUUCUCAAGAGGUUAGAUUCUCAGAACGCAAAAAUCAUGAUAUCAAAGGUGUGAUAAUAGGCGUUGUCGUCUCCCUCUACCCUCAAAUACAUGAUGACUUAAGAGAUCAACUUCCUGCACUACCAUGCGUACGAGCAAAUAUUGUCAAACUGAAUAAACUUUUGUUCAGCACAAUGCCGGAGUUGAAGGGAGUUCCAAAGACGAAUGAAGAUCACAUUUACUUGUUUCGAUAUUCAGAUUGUCAUCAAAAUUUGAGCGAUGGUGAUGACAUAAAUGUGAGAGAGCAAGACCCACCGUACAUCAAGGGAAUUGAGGUGAAAAAGUGUGGGCUUUAUUUGAUUUUUGAAGGUGACGAAGAAUCGUUGGACAAGAGCCAGUUAUUUGUUUCUGAAAAACUAGCAAAGUUUUUUAGCUCUGUUGAGGAUGAAGAUCACACCUCUGAAUUGUUAAAUAUCAACCCAAAGUGUGAAUAUGAAUGUGAAAUUGUCUUGUAUAGCUGCCCCAUAAAUUAA